AUGAAAUUUCUCAUUUCAUUCUGCUUCUUCGCUGUCACGGCGGCCCACCUCUCUUAUUAUUUCAUGGAAAUGUUCCAUCCACCAUUCCUGAACGAUAAGGGUUUGAGCUGGGAGGCUCAACACGUCUACUACAAAAUCCUCUUCAACAAAACGUUGACAAUAACUGAGCAGAAGAAGGAAAUCAGGGCCUGGGCAAAGGAAAACAACCUCACGAAGGAAGUGACAAGUUUCUUCAGUCAAAUCGGCAAAGGCGUGAUAGAAAUGAAUAAGAAUGUGUCCAAAUUGAUUGACACUUUACCAGUAGCCUUUAGAAAUGUCACCAAAAUACUGAAGAACGAGCAUCAGACGAUGUCUCAGAUGAUGAACGCCAUGGAAAAGCUGAAGGCGGAGCACCCAUCGGUCUUCAGUGUAUUAGAUACCGCUAUGGAACAAGUAAUGGGCAAAAACGGGCCGAACGGACCUCACUCGAAACCGCAAGGAGGACCUUCCCCAUCUGGUAAACCGAACCUGCCCUCCUGGCAUAAAGGAUUGAGUGACGGACCUUCCGGUGGCUGGCCAAACAGUGGAUCUUUCCAUAGUUCCACGCGUUCAAAACGAGGAAUGCUGUUAGUCGACCCUUACGAGGAUGACGAGAGCGACUACUGA